ACAGCGUCUCCCACAGAGCAGCAUCAGGUCACCUAGGCGCGCGACGGUACGUGCAAAACCUUGACUACAAUUCAGACACGACAAGAGCGAGAGAACUGACAGAUUGUUUUUUUAUGUAGAUGACUUCAGUAAUACUACAAAACUGAUUUUUGCACGUUCUCCUGGGAAACAGAGAGAGAGAGAGAGAGAGAGAGAGAGAGAGUACAUCUGUGAAACGACUAUCAACAGGAGCGAUAAUCAUUCCACAAAGGCGUGUUGACAUGGAUUUCUCGAUAAUGAACAGGUUUUAUGACCAUUGCACAAAGAGUCAAUAAAUCAAGCACAUCCCUCAGCGUAGUAGAUUGAGUUGAUCACAUUCCACUGCUACUGGAGAGGACGCAUUGACAGAGCAUCUGUCUAACCAACGGACAUCGACACGUAUCCUCCACAGGGCACUCAGCUUGACUUUUCUACGAUCCAGGGCAAAAUGCGUCUGGUUCUGUUCGCCUUCCUCAUCUAUUGCUCCUGUGCAAGAGGUGGGUGCGAACCGAAGACUGUAAAUAUCGGGGCUGUCCUAAGCCAGAAGAGAUAUGAACAAGUGUUUAAAGACGCUGUCACCCAAGCCAACAAUAUAUACGGCAAAGAUAAGUUCAAGAUGAACGCUAUUUCUGUCACCCAUAAACCCAACGCUAUCCAGAUGGCACUCUCCGUAUGUGAGGACCUCAUCUCCAACCAGGUCUAUGCGAUCUUGGUGAGCCACCCACCCCAGUCCAACGACCAUCUGACCCCCACACCGGUGUCCUACACAGCUGGAUUUUACCGGAUACCUGUGGUGGGCCUCACCACACGCAUGUCUAUCUACUCAGAUAAGAGUAUCCACCUUUCAUUCCUGCGCACGGUGCCGCCCUAUUCCCACCAAGCCCAAGUGUGGUUUGACAUGAUGCGAGAGUUCCAGUGGAAUCACAUAAUCCUGAUUGUGAGCGAUGACCAUGAGGGCAGAGCAGCACAGAAAAGACUGGAAACCCUGCUGGAGGAGAGGGAGACGAAGAGUAAAAACAGGAACUAUGAAAACCUCGACCAACUGUCCUUUGACAACAAGCGAGGACCCAAGGCAGAGAAAGUGCUCCUGUUCAGCCAAGACACAAAUCUGACGGCUCUGCUCCAGGAAGCCAAAGAGCUGGAGGCCCGAGUGAUCAUCCUGUCUGCAAGUGAAGAUGAGGCCGCAGCCAUUUAUAAAGCGGCACGCCAGCUCAAUAUGACAGGCUCUGGUUACGUGUGGUUGGUUGGAGAAAGGGAGAUGUCUGGUAAAGCACUGAGUGAAGCCCCAGAUGGCUUGCUCGGCCUUCAGCUAAUCAAUGGCAAGAACGAGUCUGCACAUAUCUACGAUGCAGUGGCUGUGGUGGCCCAGUCCAUCCAGGAGCUCUUUGAGAAGGAGAAUAUCACAGAGCCUCCACGAGGCUGUGUUGGCAAUACAAACAUCUGGAAGACUGGCCCACUCUUCAAACGAGUGCUGAUGUCAUCCAAGUAUCCAGAUGGCCUGACAGGCCGCGUGGAGUUUAAUGAUGAUGGAGACAGGAGGUUCGCCCACUACAGCAUUCUGAACUACCAGAAAACCAGACUGGUCCAAGUGGGCAUCUACAAUGGCUCACAAGUUAUAAUGAACACUCAGAGGAAGAUUAUUUGGCCCGGAGGAGAAACUGAAAAGCCGAAAGGCUAUCAGAUGUCGACAAGAUUAAAGAUUGUCACCAUUCAUCAAGAGCCAUUUGUCUAUGUGAAACCGACUCUACGUGAUGGAACCUGCAAGGAAGAGCACACUGUAAAUGGAGUCCUGAUUAAAAAAGUGAUCUGCACUGGCCCCAAUGAGACCAUUCCAGGUCGCCCCAUAGUGCCUCAGUGCUGCUAUGGGUUCUGCAUUGACCUCUUGAUCAAACUUGCAAUGACAAUGAACUUUACCUAUGAAGUACAUCUAGUGGCUGAUGGAAAAUUUGGCACUCAGGAGCGUGUUAACAACAGCAACAAGAAGGAGUGGAAUGGCAUGAUGGGAGAGCUCCUAAGUGGCUUGGCGGACAUGAUCGUGGCUCCACUGACAAUCAACAAUGAACGAGCCCAGUAUAUAGAGUUCUCUAAACCAUUCAAGUACCAGGGGCUCACAAUACUUGUCAAAAAGGAAAUACCACGCAGUACACUGGACUCGUUCAUGCAGCCCUUUCAGAGCACUCUGUGGUUACUGGUGGGUCUAUCGGUCCAUGUUGUGGCGGUGAUGCUCUACCUAUUAGACCGUUUCAGCCCAUUUGGAAGGUUUAAAGUGAAUAGUGAAGAGGAAGAAGAAGAUGCCCUCACCUUAUCCUCUGCUAUGUGGUUCUCCUGGGGAGUACUUCUGAACUCUGGUAUUGGAGAAGGUGCUCCACGGAGCUUUUCAGCAAGGAUUUUAGGUAUGGUGUGGGCUGGUUUUGCUAUGAUUAUAGUUGCAUCCUAUACUGCCAAUUUGGCAGCCUUUCUAGUGCUGGAUCGGCCUGAGGAGCGCAUUACCGGCAUCAAUGACCCUAGGCUGCGAAACCCAUCAGACAAGUUCAUCUACGCCACAGUGAAGCAAAGCUCUGUGGACAUUUACUUCCGGCGUCAAGUUGAGCUAAGCACCAUGUACCGCCACAUGGAAAAGCACAACUAUGAGAGCGCCGCUGAAGCCAUCCAGGCUGUGCGAGACAACAAACUCCACGCUUUUAUAUGGGAUUCAGCAGUGUUGGAGUUUGAGGCCUCGCAAAAAUGUGACCUGGUCACCACGGGCGAACUGUUCUUCCGUUCUGGAUUCGGUAUCGGUAUGCGAAAAGACAGCCCAUGGAAGCAAAAUGUCUCACUGGCCAUUCUCAGUUCCCAUGAGAAUGGCUUCAUGGAGGACUUGGAUAAAACCUGGGUCCGAUAUCAGGAGUGUGACUCCAGAAGCAAUGCACCAGCCACACUCACUUUCGAGAAUAUGGCAGGCGUGUUUAUGUUGGUGGCUGGUGGCAUCGUUGCCGGGAUCUUCCUCAUCUUUAUUGAAAUUGCAUACAAGCGACACAAGGAUGCUCGUAGGAAGCAGAUGCAGCUGGCCUUUGCCGCAGUUAACGUUUGGAGGAAGAACCUACAGGAUAGGAAAAGUGGUAGAGCAGAGCCAGACCCCAAAAAGAAUGCCUCUUUUAGGUCCAUCAGUACCAACCUGACCUCCAACAUCAAGAGACGUAGGUCGUCCAAAGACACGCCAUAUCCCACGGAUAUUACCGGCCAGCUCAACCUGUCAGACCCCUCUGUGAGCACAGUCGUGUGAAAGUGAAAGAGAAUUUGACAGGCAGAAAGAGAGAGAGACUUUGCAGAGUGGAAGAGCAGGAGGUGGUUGGGGCUGGUUGGCUCUGAAACAGACCUGCUGUUCCCAAGCUGCUGAUGCUUCACCCACCUGAGCCAACAACAUCAUAAUUUGCGCAAACCCACCCAACCAGGACAUACUGUAUGCACACUGGAUUUGAAACACUUAUGGACACACUGUGCCAAAAUCAACCACAAUGAAGCAAACCCACACUGCCACAUAGUUGACACUCACCCUAAAUCAACACACAACACCCAUACUGUACAAAGUGCUUCACUUUUUAAAAUGAUUUUGCACAUAUCAAAACAAAUGUGUGUGAAAUAUGUAAAUAUGUAGUCAGAGAGUUCUGUUUCUCCGCCCACAUUAGGUCACUAUUUAGUGUCAUCAGAAGAAAAGUUUUAAACUAUAGAACAAUGUAUUAGUUUUUCACUUUUAUGAUACAGACACAACUAUGCUUCAUACAAAUGCUUCAUACAAAUGUCUGUCUACCUCCACCUAAGAUAGAGUAUAUGUAGCUUAUCUCAACACUGAAUUUUGGUAGUGUUUUGAUGUUUUCCCACUGAAAAGAGGUUUGAUAGAGCAAAAACAGAACAUAUCUUUAAUUUACUUGUAUAUUUAGAUUAGACGAUAGAAAAAUGCAGUACCAUAAAUAAUACUGUAGGAGAAUUCAAUGUUGGUGGCACAAAAGUGGUACAUUUAGUUGCACUUUGUUGUAGACUGCAUCUGUUAAUAUCAGAUUCUCUCUUCACUGCCAUUUUCAAAACACAAUCAUCUGAAGUAGUUCAGGUUGCUUUGGACAAAAAAAUACUGUGGAUUUUUGAAUAACAAUCUUUUUUCUCUAUUUAUUCAUUUAUGUUUUUUAAAACAAAGAAUUCAUGUUUGGAUGUGAAUUAUCUGAAUAUCAGCAGAUAAUGUGGGGUCUAAUCAGUCAGGGGCUAAAUGUAGCAGAUCCGACCUUGAACAUUUUUUAUGACAAAUGAAAGGAACCCAGUUACACUUAAGAGUGGCGUAGAUGUAAUGAAGUAGAUAUUAUUACAGGCUUUUUUGAGUUUUAUUUCUGUUUGACAUGUCCAGCUUGAAAUUCCCUGUAAUAAUUUUUGUAUCAUUGUGUGAAAAUGGUGGCAUUUGUCCUUAAGCUACCACAAAGGGACCUUUCUUCGCAUUAUUUCAUCAUGUCAUUCUAAUAUAUGGGCAGUAUUUUAUUUUGUAUGUGUGUAAUAAUAACACUAGAUGCUAUUUUUAUUGUUUGUUGUCCCAUCAGCUUUUAAAAGUAUACUGACCAAUAAUAGGCCAAUAAAACGUAUUAGGAAACUGUAUAGAUUGUUUGUUUGAAACAAUCCGAGGGCUUUGCUAACUGUUGUGAGAAGUUUAGAGUGUGAACUAUGCGUACUGUAAUUGUAACAGUAAAUUAUGGAACUAUUUUAUAAGAUGACGACAUUAAAAUGAGGAAAAUAUAUGUUUUAGAAGAAAAUGGGGAUUUUUUUUUAAUGGAAAACUGUAGUUAAAUCUUGCAGGGUCUGGUGGCCUUUGCAAUAUUAUUCACUUUGUUAGGUAGCGUUCAACAAAAAGUCCAGUUUUACUGUGAAAAUGACUGUGAACUGCUUCAUGUCAAAGUGAGAGUUGUUGUGAAAUACAUAAUGCAUUAAGCACAUACAUAAAUUCGCUGUAGAUUCCUGAAUAUCAAAUACGACCUAUAUAAAAAUACAUGCUGUUGUAUGCACUCCUGUGUCAAUCAUGCAAAUAUUUAAUCACAUAAUUGGAAUAUUAAGACAGAUGCAUUUUUACGAAGUGGUGAAAACCAACAGUAGUGACAGUAAUUAAUUUUACUUGAGAAAAAAUGGAAAUAAAUGGAAUGCAGGUCUUGGCUAAAAAGGGAGCACAUCUUUGAAAAACAAAGCAAUGUAACCUGUCUGGUUCACUGUUUUAUACAAACAUAUUAUAUUGUAUGACCAUUUUAAUCUGCUUUCAUCAUAUUUUCUAUCACCAAAUGUGCUUUUGAUGAUUAUUCUAAAACUGUUUGUGAAAAAAACUCAAGCAAAGAUAUAUGUUUAAAAAUGUAUAAUUGCUGUACUCCAGUGUGCCAAUAAAAUA